CAUUUUUGAGCCAUUCUUAUCACUGAAGUGCAGUUGGGUGAAAAGACAGGGUUUUUUUAUGCAGAACACUUCUGUGGGCUUCUGUCUUGUAAAUAAUUUGGAAAGCAGAAAUCCUUCAUAUUUUUUAUGUUUAAUGUUUCACUAUGUAUUUAAAGAGAGAUACAGGCUUAGGGGGCUGGAUAACUGUACCUGCUGUAGCUGAUGUUCUUAAGUAUUCUUGCAUUGUUUGCUGGUCUUCUAGGGAAAAGAAUAAUGUAGAGCAAGACCUGAAGGAGAAAGAAGAUACCAUCAAGCAGAGGACAAGUGAGGUCCAGGAUCUACAAGAUGAAGUAAAGCGGGAGAGCAGUAACCUGCAAAAGCUGCAAGCUCAGAAGCAGGAAGCACAGGAAAUUCUUAAUGAUCUUGAUGAGCAGAAGGCCAAGUUGGAAGAGCAACUUAAUGAUAUCAGGCAGAAGUGUGCAGAGGAGGCCCAUUUGAUUGCCAUGCUGAAGGCUGAAAUAACAAGCCAGGAAUCAAAGAUUUCAGCUUAUGAAGAUGAACUGACCAAAGCUCAAGAGGAGCUGAGUCGCCUGCAGCAAGAAACUGCAGAGCUUGAGCACUGCAUAGAGUCUGGGAAAGCACAGCUGGGACCUCUUCAGCAACAUCUGCAGGAUUCACAACAGGAAAUCAAUUCAGUGCAGACAAAACUUCUUGAGCUGAAAGAGUUGGAAAAUUCCCAGUUUAGUUGGCACCCUGAGCCACAUCAUACGCUCGUUAAUGGAACUGCAGAUCAUUCUAGUCUGAGCAAUAGCAGCAGUGAAACUGCUAACCUUAAUGAGAAUGCUGAAAGGGAAAGUAUAGUGGAAGAAGAACAAGCAAACAGGGUGUCUCCAAUAAGAAAUAGUCCUGAAACAACAGUCUCUGUUGUGGAAGAAGAGAAAGAGACUCCAGCUGCGGCUGCUACCAAAAAAGAAGAUCCAUUUGAUGCUGAAUCUCAUCCAUUGCCUGAUCUAGUUUCUGAAGCCAGCUUAGAGUUCUUCCAGUCUGACCCUUUUGUUGGCAGUGAUCCCUUCAAAGAUGACCCUUUUGGGAAAAUUGAUCCCUUUGGUGGUGAUCCCUUCAAAGGCUCAGAUCCUUUUGCAGCUGACUGUUUUUUCAAACAAUCCUCCAGUGAUCCUUUUAUGACUGCUGGCUCUGAUCCAUUUAGCACUGCAGACAACAGUAAUAGUACCACAACAGAGACAUUGAAGAAGAAUGACCCUUUUGCUCCUGGUGGAACAACUGUUAUUGCAUCAAGUGAUCCAGCUACUGACCCUUUCGCCUCUCUGUUUGGAAAUGAAUCCUUUGGAAGUGGCUUUGCUGACUUCAGCACACUGUCAAAGGCCAACAAUGAGGAUCCCUUUAGUUCUUCCACAUCAGGCUCUGUCAGCAGUGUGAUCAUAACUAAAAACUUAUUUGAGGAACCACCAGCUAAAAAUGAGGAUGUUCCUCCUGCGUUGCCCCCAAAAACAGGAACUCCCACAAGGCCCUGUCCACCACCACCUGGGAAAAGACCUAUCAAUCAAAUAGACUCUUCAGAUUCCUUUAAACCGAGCGAUCCAUUUCAGCCUUUCCCCACCCUAGACAUUCCCAAAGAACAAGAAGCAGAUCUAUUCUGUGAUCCAUUUGCUCCUACCAGCAUCAGUAAAGAGACUGACCCCAACAAUUUUGCAAACUUCAGUACUUAUUCUACUGAGGAAGACAUGAUUGAAUGGGCUAAGAGGGAAAGUGAGAGAGAAGAGAAAGAAAGAUUGGCAAGACUAAAACAACAAGAGCAAGAAGACUUGGAACUGGCUAUUGCACUCAGUAAAUCUGAAAUAUCAGAAGCAUGAAGUUUAGAAUAAGUCUUAUGACAACUGUUUGUCCCUUUUCCUGCAUACCUAACCUAUUUAAAUGUUAAUCAGAAGAUACAUAUAUACAAGAAACUACGAAAGGUUUUUAAUUUCUGAAAGUGGUGUGAAUGUUCCUGCUAAAUUCAACCCUUUUGGUUAUUGUUUGAAUAACUGUUAAGUUUCUCUCACGUUUUCAGGAGAACAAAGUACUUUUCCCAGCUGUAAGCAAAUCAGUUUAAAAUGCAGGUAUUGAGAUUGUAGUUU